AUGAAUAAAAUAAUAUUGUCAAUAGUGUUUACUACUCUGUUGAUUGCUUACAUAGUGAUAGACAUAGCCUUUAAUGAUGAACUCUGGGAUAUUAGCAAGUCGUUUGCAAUAUCAAUGCAAAAAACUAUUCCUCUUUUCGAGCAGCUAUUUUACGAAUUCUUCUCAGACAUUGUCAUCAUUCCACCAAUAGCAGCAUUUUAUUGCUUCGUGUAUGACGACAAUAAAUUAAAUGCAUUGCUUUAUUUAAGUGUUGUAAUAACAAGUGUAACCACAAAUGAGAUUUUAAAAAACAUUUACCAUUAAGCAAGACCAUACAUGAUUGAACCUGAAAUUAGGAGGUACCUAAAAAUAUCAUUGUAGUUUAAAAUGCAACUCAGAUUAUGGGAAACCUUCGGGACACUCUCAAAACUCAAUUGUUAUGCUUAUGCUUAUGCCUGUGUUGCUUUUCCCAUCAAUUAGAUAACUAAGAAGACAUAGAAUUUAAGUUGAAUUUUAAGAUAGUAAUUAUCCAUUUAGAUUACAUUAGAUAAUGAGAAAAAAGAACAGCAAACAGGGUAUACAAUAUACAGUGAGAAAAAUUCAGAGCUAGGAGUAACAACUAUAAGAAUAUUUAGUUAAGAAUAGUUAAUACUAAGUAAAUACCAAUCUUUAAUCUAAAUGUAAAAUUGCAAUGAAAGUGAUCCUAAUUAUAUUCAUCUUUUUAAGCAUAGUUUUGACUGGAAUUUCUAGAAUAUUUCUUGGAGUUCAUUCUUUAGGAUAAGUGCUCCUUGGAUGGGUUUGGGGCCUAUAUAUAACUUUAAUGUAUAUUUUCGUAAUUCAUGCAUCAUUGAGAGAGUAUUUAUAAAUAAAAUACCUUUAUAGAUACAUAUUAAAUUUGGUCAAUCCCAGAAGGAGUAGAUUAGAGGAAAUGAAUCAUAUUAUUCCUAUGGCAUUUUUCCUAUUGAUAAUUUUAUUGGGAUUAGCCUUGGGAUUAUUAAAACUGAAUUCAUUAUACUAUUAUGAUUAAAAUGAUAUGAGUAAAUGGGUAGCCAGAAUCAAUGAAUGCAAUUCAACUCAUUACACGAAGGAAUCCCCUUAAAUAUUAUAUAAUUCCUGUUUUUAGUUUACAGGAGUAGGAGCCCUAAUUACAGGAUUAUUAGUUGGCGCUGUGUUAGCUUAGGGUUCUUAUGAAGAAGGGCUCUUUAAUAAAUGGAAGAAAAAGCUUUCAACAGAGUACCAUUUAAAGAGAUUCUUCUUAUUAAUAAUUCCUUUUGUAAUUUUAAUACCUUUCCUAUUUAUAUCAUCUAAUUCUGUGGUUUUACAGCUGAUUUGCAAAGUAUAAUUAUUAUGAUCUUUAGAUACUUCCAUUGUGCUUCGGAGCAGGAUUUAUUGUCAACGGAGCAUUUCCAUAUCUUUUAAGAAGAUUUAAUUUACAAAUACCUGGAGAUUUUUUAUUUUUUUGCCAAAGAAAAUAAUUUGUUGAAGAAUAAAGUUAGGAUAGCUUGUAUUAAUAAAUAAAAGAGUAUAAUGAUUAAUAUUAAAUUAAGCUUUGA